AUGCCUUCAAGUCUCGAAGAGGCGUUGUCGCAUACUGGCGGCAAUGGAAAAUCAGAGGAGGGUGUCUCCCUCAAGAGUUUCUUGGCCUCGCUGGCGACGGCCAUGAUUGUCUUUGCUGUCGAGUUUCUACUAUUCAUGCUUCUCAAAGGCAAACUAACGCGCAUCUAUCAACCACGAACCUACCUUGUCCCAGACCGAGAACGUACAGAACCCUCCCCACCAGGUCUCUUUCGGUGGAUUGGCCCAGUGUUUCGAACCUCCAGCUCAGAAUUCAUUCAAAAAUGUGGCCUCGAUGCCUAUUUCUUCCUCCGCUAUUUGCGCAUGCUCCUCAAGAUCUUUAUUCCUAUGGGGUUUUUGAUCUUGCCGGUACUGUUGCCCAUCAACAGGGUGGGAGGAAAGGGCACCACAUACCAAAAUGGUUCUGAUUCUGGUGCACGAUGGAAUGUCAGUGGCUUGGAUCAAUUGGCUUGGGGUAACGUGAAACCAGAGCACACCGACCGCUAUUGGGCGCAUUGUGUCCUGGCAGUAAUCAUGAUUUUCUACGUCUGCGCCAUCUUCUUCGACGAGCUACGAGGCUAUAUUCGUAUGCGUCAAGCCUAUAUGACAUCCCCGCAACAUCGACUACGAGCCUCUGCGACAACCGUGCUCGUCACAGCUAUUCCCCACAGCUGGCUGAACGUCGAGUCACUGGACAAGCUGUUCGAUGUCUUUCCCGGUGGCAUUCGAAACAUUUGGAUCAACCGCAACUUUGACGAGUUGAAUGAAAAAGUCAAGGAGCGAAAUGGGCUCGCCCUCAAGCUCGAGGCAGCCGAGACGGAUUUGAUCCGUAAAUGCAAAAAGGCAGCUCUGAAGAAAGCCAAGGCCGAGGCAAAGAUGGCCGGGAAAAGUAAGACGGAGGCGAAUAAUGAAGAGAAAACUGCAACCGACCAACGAGCGGCUCAAAUGGCCAUGGGCCCUGGAAUUAGUUCUGGUGACCCUCACCAGGCUCAUACUUUGCGCGAAGUUUUACAUGGACACCCCGACACACAUAAGCGUGGUGCAUCUGAUGGGUCACGCACUGGUGGAGGAGUAUUUGAUCCGGCACUGAUGGCAGCCGGUCUGGUUGGACACGGCGUGGAGAAACUUGGGAAAACGGUCAAAGGUGGUCUCAAGAAGGUGGAAGUUGGCUUUGACAACACAUUGACCCGUAAUGGUGGCCUUGUGGAGAAAGCCGACAACGACUUGCCAGUCCGUGGAAGAAGCCCCCCUAUGUUUGACGGAGAUUCGCCCACCAAUGACCUAGCUAUGGGAUCUUUCAAUUCGACCACCAAGCCAAAAGAACCCGAAGACGGCCAGAUUGGUAGCAUGUGCCAAGACACCAGACCGACACCCCAGAAGCGGCCGUCCUGGAAGGAUCGCAUGUCAUCCCACCUAUCUACUCACUCCAAGAGAUCCGGACCUGAGCUCGAUGAGUAUCCGUUGACAGGCCCGGAUUCUCCUACGACUGCUACGCCGGCCAAGUCCAAGACACGCAAGGACCUUGGGGACCGGCGUAAAAGUCACAAAGAAGGAGACGAGAUUGAAGGAGAAGAGUACCCCAUUGCCUACAAUGAGGAUUUCGAUAACGAAGACUAUGGAGAGCCACUUUGGAAGCAGCAUGUUCGGCAAAAGGACAGAGAGACUCACCGUCUGCCCAUAUUUGGGUGGAAAUGGAUGCCUUCACUUUGGCUGAUUGGCAAGAAGGUUGAUACUAUCGACUACUGCCGGAAGGAACUUGCGCGAUUGAAUCUGGAGAUUGAGGUUGAUCAGCAACACCCCGAACGAUUUCCGCUGAUGAAUUCUGCCUUCAUUCAAUUCAAUCACCAGGUUGCGGCUCACAUGGCUUGCCAAUCUGUCGCACACCACAUGCCAAAGCAGAUGGCCCCUCGAAUCGUGGAGAUUUCCCCGGAUGAUGUGAUCUGGGACAACAUGUCUAUGAAAUGGUGGGAACGCUAUCUGCGUACCUUUGGCAUUGUCACUUUGGUCAUCGGUAUGGUUAUUGGAUGGGCCUUCCCCGUUGCCUUUACUGGACUUCUAUCGCAACUGUCAUACCUCGAAGGAGCUUUCACAUGGCUCACCUGGCUCAAUAAGUUGCCUGCGUGGUUGAUCUCCGCUAUCCAGGGUAUUCUUCCGGCACUUUGCUUGGCCAUUCUUAUGGCUCUUUUGCCCCUAAUCCUCCGCUUCCUGAGCAAGGCUCAAGGUGUGCAUACAGGCAUGGCUAUUGAGUUGACCGUCCAGAACUAUUACUUUGCAUUCCUAUUUGUGCAGCUGUUCCUGGUCGUCACAAUUGCCUCCAGUUUUACGACCAUCAUUGAGAAUGUCACAAAUGUGACCAGCUGGCCCGAACUGCUGGCCACGAAUAUUCCCAAGUCGAGUAACUACUUCUUCUCCUACAUGAUUCUGCAAGCCAUGUCUGUGAGCGCGGGUGCUCUGGUGCAGAUCUUUGGUCUUGUCAGCUGGUUCAUUCUCGCCCCGAUCAUGGAUUCGACAGCACGGAAGAAGUGGGCACGGACAACAAAUCUGAACCAAAUGCAAUGGGGUACCUUUUUCCCUGUCUACACCACCUUGGCUUCAAUUGGUCUGAUCUACUGUGUUGUUGCGCCGCUCAUUAUGGUGUUCAACAUUAUCACAUUCAGCCUCUUCUGGUUUGUCUAUCGCUACAACACUCUAUAUGUGACUAAAUUCCGCUUCGACACUGGUGGUCUCCUCUUCCCGCGGGCUGUCAACCAAUUGUUCACCGGACUGUAUUUCAUGGAGGUAUGCCUGAUCGGCUUGUUCUUCCUCGUGCGAGAUACACAGGGAUCGGUCGCUUGCAAAGGUCAAGCUAUUGUCAUGAUUAUCGUUCUGGUCUUGACUAUUGGCUUCCAAAUCCUCCUCAAUGAGGCAUUUGGUCCGCUUCUGCGUUAUCUACCAAUCACUUUGGAAGACGACGCUGUUCGCCGAGAUGGAGAAUUCCACCGUGCCCAGCUAGCUCGACUUGGCCUUGGCGAUGACGGCGAUGACGAGGACGAGGAUGAUCAACUCGAGCACCGUCUCGCCAAUCGGGAGCGCAAGGAGCUUAAUCAGGACCGAGACGCGCACGACAUUGAAUUGAAGGCCCUGGAGGCAGACCGUGAGGGACGAAAGCGUCACGACUCGGGUCUUUUGACUACACCUAAACUCGGCUCGAAGCGGCAAUCCUGGGCUGAUCGCUCACCUGACAGGCGGUCAAAGUUCUUUGCGGUGAACUCAGCUGGCCCGAGUCCAACUAUUAAGGCUCUCCGAGAGAAGAUGGCUCACGAUACCGAAGCGCAAGGACCUGCCACCAACACCGUGGGCCAUGCCCUCUUCGAAGGUAUUCACGACGAACUGGAAGACCUCACACCGGAUGAGCGUGAUCAACUGGUACAGCGAGCUUUCCAACAUGAAGCUCUUCGCGCUAAACGACCAGUGAUUUGGAUCCCACGAGACGACCUUGGCAUUAGUGAUGACGAGGUUUACCGCACACAGCGGUUCAGCAAGCACAUUUGGGUCAGUAACGAGUACCAGGCACUGGACGGCAAGUGUCGAACGAUCUUCAGCCGCAGUCCACCUGAUUUCUCAGAGGUGGAUCUGAUCCAACUGUAG